AUGAAAUUACUCGACAGGUAUUUGCUUGCUGUUGAUAAAUGUUAUGUACAAAGUUUAAACGAUCCAGAAGCUGAACCGUAUAAAUCGAAAUAUGAAGCAAGAAAAUUAUUUGAAGAAUUACAUGCAGAAAAUAUUGAUGAAGAGUCAGAUGAAAUUAAAAAAGAAUUCGAUACGUUAGAUCUGAUUGAAGAGAACAAUAAACUUAAAUUUAUUAUUAAAAAACCGGAUGAAUAUCUCAAUGAACCUUCAGUUACAAAAAAACAUCGUUUUUUAGUCGAUUUAUUAUUAGAUUAUCAUAUCGGUACCAUUUAUAGUGACACUGAGGAGAAAGGCGAAGGCGAAUCACAUCUACAAAGUAUUUUAACGGCCAUUGAACCAGCAGUCAACCAUUCGUUAAUCUGUUCUCUUGCUUUAAAUUUAUUAAAUCAAUUAAUUCUUAUUCGUACUUCUUAUGAACAAUAUAAAGAAGCGAUUGAAAUUGCAAAACGUGCCGAUAAUCUCUAUAAUCAAUCAUUAUCCACAGAGCCAUAUCUUUUACGAGAGUUGAUUGAAAUCGAUUCAGCCAUUCCAACCAUUGAUCGUCGAGAUGAAUUCGAACAAAUCUAUACUUAUACAUCAUUUUUUCUGGCACAAAUUUAUGCUAAACUUGAUGAUAAAGAUCAAUCGGCGAAUUAUUGUCGUUUAACACUUGAACGUCAAUUGGACAUGUUUCAUGGUGAUAAUCGAAAACAUUUUGAUCCAUUAGAUUGGGCUACGAAUUGUGCUACGCUUUCACAAUAUUAUAUGACAAAACAUGAUUAUGCCACAGCUCGACAUUGUCUUAUGUGUGCUGAUAAAAUGUUAGAAAAUGUUGUAUCAAAUGAGAAUUUACCUGAACGAACAGCAAGUUUUAAACGAUGUUGGAUAAAAUAUGCUGUAAACCUAUUGAGUGAUUCAUCGGAUCGCCUUCUUCAAGCAGCCGAUCGCGAUGUUACUCCAAAUGAAAUUGUUCGUUCAUUGACAAUACCUAAAUUUGUAUUCAAACUCUCACUUCCACCAGCGUCGAUGACAUGUUCGUACGUACUUGAUUAUGAACAAGCUCGUCAAGUAUUUCUAUUUGCGAUGGAAAAAAUAAACUCAGCAAAAUCUUACUUUGUUCUCGAUGGUUUCGUAACGGAUCAUGUUGAAUUAUGUCAAGAUACAAGUCAAUUAUAUGCCAAAUUAGUAUUUUUUGAAUCGAAUAUUGAUCGUAAAUGUAAAAUGUAUAAACGUCGAAUUGAUUUAUUAUCGUCGCUAUGCAAAGAAAUCAGCGAAGAACAUUAUUUAUAUUUAGUACGGCAACUACUUUUUGAAUUAGGCGAAUGUUAUUCAAUCUUGCUAGAUCUGAAAUUAGAGCAAAAAGAAGAUUUACAUACAAUAAAAAUAGACGAAAAAAUUUCGCAUUUUAUUCAAUCUGGUAUUUCAACAUUUGAACGUUUUCUAACGACCAUGAAUGAUAAAAAAACAAACGAAAAACCUGAAACAUACGCCGAUGAAUACAUUCGACCAGUAUUAUUAGCGCAUUUUUAUAUGGGAAGAUUUCAUUCGAAAUCUACUCAAGAUCGCCUUGAACAUAUUCAACAAAGUUUAAAUCAAUAUAAAACUAUUGUUGAUUAUGUUGAGAAACAUCCAAAUGCGCUUGAACAUAUCGAACAGGAAUAUACUAUUUGUAAAGAAAUGACUAAUUUAUUACCAUUAAAACUUGAAAAGUUACGGCAAGCUCAAUAG